AUGGAAAAUGGCGGGAACAAAGGUCAAGAAAAUGAUCACGCAAAUCUUGCUUGGGGUAUAUGGGGGCUUAAUACUUCAAGAUUUGACUUGGUUAAUAGUAGUAGUAACACUGCUACUGACACAUUCUUCACCACCGCAGCUACUACUGUGGUGGACAACGGCAGCUCCACCCACCCAGAAGCCGCUUCUGCACAUGGGUUCUUGUUUCCUUACCAAAACAGUUGGCUAUACCACCACAACAACAAUAACAGCUAUCAGCAGCUCUCUCUUUAUGCUGGAGACGGGUCCAACUUGCACCCGGACCCACACCUAAUGUGCCUGAAGCUAGGCAAGCGACACUACUUUGAAGAUAGUACUAGUAACAACAAUAUUAACAAUAACAACCACAACCCAGUGAUCAGUGACCGACACGAGAUUGGUGGGUUCUCUACAGGCAAAAAAGGCAAACCCUACUACACCGUUGGUAGUGGUGGGGCUGGUCAAGACGGACCCUCUUCCUCGUCGGUGAAUGUGCCAAGGUGUCAGGUAGAGGGUUGCCAUGCGGUGUUGUUGAAUGCUAAAGAUUAUCACAGAAGGCAUAAAGUUUGUGAAAUGCACUCAAAGGCUCCUAAAGUAAUUGUCCUAGGUUUGGAGCAGCGUUUCUGUCAGCAGUGUAGCAGGUUUCAUGUAGUGUCCGAAUUUGAUGAUGCAAAGAGGAGUUGUAGGAGGAGAUUGGCAGGGCACAAUGAAAGGAGAAGGAAGAGUUCUCAGGAUUCUGUUUCAAGGAAUUCUUCUCAAGACAAGUUGAUAGCUGGGAGAUUUCCAUACAUAGCGUCACCGACAGGAUUUGCUCUCUCUCUUCUGUCAUCAAAGGCUGAUUCUUGGGUUUCUCCAUCUGAUCUCUCCUCAAGAUCAAGUGCUGCGCUACGGGAAUUGAUUGCAGAACACCGUGCAACCAUUCUAGCUAGACAGCUUUUCCUUGAAAAGCACUUGGACCACCAUGCAACGGAAGACCUUGGUGAGUCCCAGCCUGGCUCCAAUUUUUUCAUAACCCAUCAGCAUGAAAUGUUGUCCGAGCAGCACAACUGGGGCCGGUUCAACGACGCCAGCACGCAUGUGACUUUGGACCUCAUGCAGACUCCAAGUUCAGCAUUUGGAUUCUUGUCUGCCAGAGCUAAAAGUAAAGAAGAGGAAGAAGAGUGUUCCGAGUUAUGGAGCACCUUGGAAGGAGCCCAUGUAGUUUAA